UUUUUUUUUUUUUUUUUUUUGCGGCAUUCUUUUAUUUUAGAUUCGAUUAAAACGUUUAGCAAAGUUAGCAAAACUUCAACAGAAUAGUUCAGAAAACUUGGCUGGAACUUCAAGAAAUGUCGCGUCGUCUUCUAGCACAAAGUCCGCAAAAUCAAAUAAUUCGAAUGCUGCGACGACUUCGCAAAAGCAACAACUACAAGACAAGGGUAACAAAGAGCCUAUGAAUACGCCAUUGAUUUCACAAAAACCAAAGCAACCUCUUAAGUCUUUUGAAGAUUGGCAAGAUGAUGUCAUUUCAAAGGUUUUUCAAGUUACUCUUGAUAAAUCAUUAGCCGAAAAAAAAGACUCUCAAUUGGUAUACUUAAAUUCUCUCGUUGAGGAAUUAAAGAAAGAAGAUCCUGAAAAGAAAUCAUUCAAAUUAUCGCAAUCUCAUCUUGAAAGUGCUCUAGUUGCUCGAUUAAAUAUUGAUCCCAAUCAAAUGAGUGAUGAUGAGGAGACUUUUCAGGCUAUUUCGAAAUUACCUCGUAUAUCCUUAUUUGAUUAUCUGCUGGAUUGUUGGAAACGAGCAUCUGAAAUUAAGAGUAACUUGUUAACACGCUCCUCAAAAACAUUAGAACCUUCUGUUGUUAACGAACGAGUUAAGGUCAUGGACGCCUUAAAAGACCUAUUAGUGAACUAUGCUUGUUUGGUUAUUCAAUAUCCUGAUAUGUUUCCUCAAAUAAAUGAUUCCACGGAAUUAGGUUCCCGACAACUUGUUUCAAGACUAUUGUCCGAUAUAAACUCCCCCGAAGGGUUACCUUUGGAUUUUAUUCAAGAAUUGGCAGCAAAAGUUGAUGAGGAACAAUUUGAUCAAAUUUUUGGUAGUGCUUUAAUCGGGCUUGCGGCUCAAAUGCGGACAAAAAACAUUUUAAAUAAUGAUUACUUAAAACCACUUAAUGGUUUAGCAACUUUAACAGAGAUAAAAUCUUUGGCAGCAAUGUUACCAACACUACGAAGCUGGAAUCCUCAAAAUUCAACUGCAAAAGCAUAUGAGGUCAUGUCACUUUUAGGUCCAUUUUGUAGGAUAUCUGUUUUUCCAUCGGAUGAGCCAUCUAUUCCAGAAAAGUAUUUUGGUAACAUUCAACAAAGAAGUAAAGCUGAUGUUGAUUCUCUUAUGAUAAGUUUAAGUGGCGCUAUACAAGGAGUACAGAGAACUCUUUUUAAUAUAUUCAAUAAUAUUGUACGCUCUUCACCAUCUUCAAAAGAAGCUGUUCUUUCUUAUUUUGCUAGAGUUAUUAAAUUGAACGAAAAAAGAACACAGAUGCAGGUUGAUCCUUCACAAGUAGGAACGGAUGGGCUUUUGAUGAAUUUAAGUUCUAUAUUAUUAAUAUUUGCAGAUCCUAUUUAUUCUAAGAUCGAUCGUAUCGACGUUAAUUAUUUCCGCAAGUCGAGACGAAUUGAUAUUAGUCAAGAAACAAAAAUUAAGGCAACCCAACAAGAGUCAGACGCAUAUUAUUCUUCUGCAGUAAAUGAAGCUGCAUCACCAAAUUUUAUAUCAGAAAUAUUUUUCAUAACUUUAGCAAUGCAUCACUACGGACCAUUGCAAUGCUAUAACAAAUACAAUAACUUGAACAGAGACCUUGCAGAAUUACAAAAGCAGUAUGAUAGGUUGAAAGCUGAUCAACCAAAAUGGGCAGGAACUCCGGCUGAAACAUUUAACAAUGCCCUACUAGAGCGUUGUAAGGAUCAACUUGAGAAAUGGGCUGUACAUAAAAUAUCGUACGAGUCUCAAUUGUUAGAUCCUACAUCUUUAUCUCGUACAUUACAAUUCUAUAAUUUAGUAAUUAACUGGGUGUUAAGAAUUGUUGAUCCUACAGGUCAACACCCUAUAAAGCAAAUUAGUUUACCUUUGCCACCAACACCACCAGAAGAAUUUAUUAUGUUGCCUGAAUUUGUUAUUGAAGAUAUUACUGAAUUUUUUUCAUUCAUUUCCAGAUAUAAUCCUAAAGUAAUGCUUUCAUGCUCACGUGAUGAAUUGGUCAUUUUUAUCAUCACUUUUCUUAAAUCUUCGACAUAUAUCAAAAAUCCAUAUUUGAAAGCCAAGCUUGUAGAGAUUCUAUUCUACUACACAAUACGGAAUGAAAAUGAGGGUGGUAUAGGAAGUAUAUUAAAUACACACCCUAUUGCAUUGGAACAUUUAAUGUCAUCUCUGAUGUCUUUUUAUGUUGAGGUGGAGCAGACUGGAACGCACACUCAAUUUUAUGAUAAGUUUAAUAUUAGAUAUAAUAUUUCGCAAAUAUUUAAUUCAAUAUGGAAUAAUCAAAUGUAUAGGAAUAAAUUAAGAGAAGAAAGUCGAAAAAUGGAUACCUUUGUAAGAUUUGCUAAUUUGUUAAUGAAUGAUGCAACUUAUCUCCUCGACGAGAGUCUUACAAAACUAACUGAAAUUCGUAACAUACAAAAUGAAAUGGAUAAUAUCGAUGAAUGGGAAAAGAAAACGCAGCAACAACGUCAAGAACGUGAAAGUUUGUUUCACUCUCUUGAACGACAGGCUACAUCUUAUAUGGCUCUUGGAAAUGAAACUGUGCACAUGCUUGAAUAUAUGACAUCAGAAGUAGCUGAUCCAUUUCUUACACCUCAAAUUGUUGAUCGAUUAGCAGCAAUGUUAGAUUAUAAUUUAAAUUCUCUUGUUGGUCCUAAGUGUACUGGACUUAAAGUUAAAAAUAGGGAAAAAUAUCGAUUUCAACCUAGAAUUUUAUUGCAGCAAUUAAUAACUGUAUAUUUGAACUUAAGUAAAAGCAAAGAAUUCAUACAAGCAGUUGCGAAAGAUGGUAGAAGUUAUAGCAAAGAAUUGUUUUUGAAAGCAUUUAGUAUUUUGAAAGAACAUGGAUUGAAAUUAGAUAGAGAUAUUAAAGUGUUGGAGAAAUUUGUUAAUAAUGUUGAAGAAGUAAUUAAACAAGAAGAACAAGGUGAAGAAGAGUUGGGCGACAUACCGGAAGAUUUCUUGGAUCCACUUUUAUUUGUAAUAAUGGAAGAUCCAGUUAUUUUACCUGAAUCACGAAUAUCAAUUGAUCGUAAAUCAAUUACAACUCAUCUUUUAAGUGAUGCUACAGAUCCUUUUAAUAGAAAACCUUUGACAAUAGAUCAAGUUAUUCCAGAUUUGAAAUUAAAGGAAAGAAUUGAAGCUUUUAAAAAAGAAAAAAGAGAAAAGAAAUAAUUAUUAUUAAUAGUAUUUUUGAAUUAUUAUUAUCCUAACUUAUAGAUAAUAAGUAAGUAUUUAUUAGUAAGAAAUUUUGAAACGUAAGG